AUGAAUGAAAACGUUCUUAACAAUCCAUACCUCAUCCUACAAGUACUAUCAUUCUUAACUGACUGGCAAGAUAGACACACAUUCGCCACUGUAAAUUCUACCAUUUGGGAUAGUUGUUCCCAGGCUGUAUCUUGUAUCCCACCAUUGAUUAUUGACAUCAAUAAUGAAGAUACUCUAUUAACCAAAACAAUGAUCAUGACCGCCAGAGAUGUAACUAUCGUGGACAGCGAGUCUAAUAUUAAAAUCAAUCGCUUCAAGUAUCUUGUAAAUACGUUUCAAUGUUUAAAAACACUCCACUUGGACGGUGAUUACUCCAUGCGGUCCAUCAAGCGAGCCACAAAAUGCUUAGUAGCUGUUAACACCGGGUUAGCAUUAUAUGUGAAUCCACGUAAGCUAGAGGAUUGGAAAGUUGCUCUAUAUUUUGCCCCUGCCAAUAAUAUCCUUCUCAUCACGGGUGAAAACGACGAAAGUGACAGUGAAGACGAUGAUCAAGAUAACUUUAUAGUAACUGGCGAGCGAAAACGUGCAAGAAGCGAUUUUCCAGAUAUUCCAGAAAUAGCAGCACAGUGGAAGAUGGCCAAGACUCUUUUGAAGCAACCAUAUCUUGACCUUUGCAAGUUCCAACGUACUGCUAAUUAUUCACCCUUGCCUAGUGUCUUUUCGCAAUCAGGUAUUAUUUAA